AAUGUUUUGUUAAUUUUCCCUAAGAAGCCAAAGAUUCGAAUGAUCCACAAGCAGAUCAAGUAACUAAAUUAAUUGCAAAUGAUUGCAUGAUUUUGCAUUGUUGUGAACAGAGCAAAUGGAAAUUGCAAAAUCAAAAGCUCCAGGGGAAUUGUUGAACUGGGAUGAUAUUAAGAAGAUGAAGUAUUCAUGGAAUGUAGCGUGUGAAGUGAUGAGACUUGCACCACCCCUCCAAGGAACUUUUAGAGAAGCAAUGACAGAUUUCAUGUACAAUGGUUUCUCAAUUCCCAAAGGCUGUAAGUUAUAUUGGAGUGCGAACUCGACACAUAAAAAUUCAGAAUUCUUCAUCGAGCCACACAAGUUUGACCCAUCAAGGUUUGAGGGAUCUGGACCCGUACCUUACACAUAUGUGCCUUUUGGAGGAGGACCAAGAAUGUGCCCAGGAAAAGAGUAUGCUAGAUUGGAAAUACUAGUGUUCAUGCAUAAUCUGGUAAAGAGGUUCAAGUGGGAGAAAGUAAUUCCCAACAAGAAGAUUGUUUUCGAUCCCAUGCCUAAUCCUGAAAAAGGCCUUCCGAUUCGCCUUUUCCCUCACAAAGCUUAAAUUGGCUCCAGAUUGUUAAUGAAUAAUGCUAUAUGUAUCAAUUAGUGUACUAACUAGUGUACCAAUUGAUGAUGUGAUAUAUUUUAAAAUA